GAUUCACGCAGCUGAAAAUGGCGACAUCUUGAUGACUGACUUUGAGAGAUUCCUCUCUUCGGAGAGAUUCUGCAGUAUUUCUCACAAAACAGGAUGAUCAUGUAAUAGACACAAUAAAAGCGGCUGUACAUUAACACCAGAAGAGUGCCUACGUCUUCCGCAGUAGUCUGUAGUUGUACAGAAUUUGCGUCGAGGAGAAAAUUUUUUAGACUCUCACCAUGGUGCUGAAGAAAAGAAAACAGAGUACGACGCGACUUGGCGAUGACAUAGCCAUCGCCGACUAUGGUGCGGACGAAAACAUCACCGACAAUGCCAAGAUCCAAUGGGUGAAUCAGCCAUGGGUUCGGAAGCUGCUCAGAGGGGCUGCCAUGGUCAGUUUCAUCUCGCUCUGCUUCAACACCCCAAAGACGUUUGAGGUGAUGAGGUUCAUGGAGUACAUGACGCUGGUUGUCGACUCGGUCGUCACCCUCCUCUUCUUCGCUGAAAUGAUUGCCAAGAUGACCACCAGAGGAGUAAUCUUUGGGGAUAAUGCCUACCUUCGAGAUAACUGGGGACGAUUUGACACUUCUAUGGUCCUCUCAUUGUGGGUCUCGAUUCUGUUACAGAUCUGCCAAAUUGCCGGAAAGGUGGAGAAGUACACACCAUUAACCAUCCUCCGAGCCCCCAGACCAUUCAUCAUGAUCAGAUCCUUCAGAGUUUAUCUCAAGUUCAAACUUCCCAAAGCUAGAGUCAAAUCAAUCUUCAAGCGAUCUGGUCAGCAGGUAUGGAGUGUCACCAUAUUCUUGGUGUUUUUCUUGGUGUUGUAUGGAAUGCUAGGAGUUCAGAUGUUUGGUGAUCUGUCGACACAUUGUGUCAACAUGGAAAUGUAUAACCAAACUACCAAGGAAAUGGACCACCAAAUUAAGGAAAUGGACAACCGAUCAAAGGGAAUGGACAACCAAACCAGUUACAGUCCUGAGAGUACGAAUGUCAACUACCUAGCUAUUCCAGACACUCAUUGUAAUUUAGAGAAAGAGAUUGGUUCUCAGUGUCCAAUGGGGAUGGUAUGCAGGAACAUCAUACUGACUCCAGCAGUACAGGGAUACAAUAGCUUCAGACAUAUAGGUGUAAGUAUCUUCACAGUGUAUGAGAGUGCCUCUCUGGAAGGCUGGGUCUUUAUCAUGUAUAAAGUGACUGACAGUUUCCCAUCGUGGCGGGGCUACUUCUUCUUCAUCACGAUGAUCUUCUUCUUGGCCUGGCUUGUAAAGAAUGUUUUCAUAGCUGUUAUCAUCGAGACCUUUGCUGAGAUCAGGGUUCAGUUCCGGCAGAUGUGGACCAGAGGAGGCACUGCUCAGUCUUUUGAUUCAAAGGUUCUACAAGAUGACGGAACCUACACACCGUGGAAAUUGACCAUCGUGGAUGAAAAUAACAGCCGUGGUCCCGCCCCGAUGUGCUGCCAAAGGGUUUUGGAGUCCCGCUCUUGUCACUUCUUUAUCUUGGGUAUGGUGGCCGUUGAUGCUGUCCUGGCAUCAACCUACAACAUGUUCUACCAAGACAAUGAACCGCUCAAGACGAGGUAUCAUCAAGGACUCUACAUAGCACAGGUUGGAUUCACUCUUCUGUUUGAUGUGGAAGUGUUGUUUAAGGUAUGGUGUCUUGGUUUUCGUGGAUACUUCAAGCGAUCUCUCCACAAGUUUGAGCUCUGCCUCGCGAUUGGUAACUCCAUUCGCAUCAUGUAUCCUGAUAGACUCUACUCAUCACAGCUUGCUUAUUUUCAGGUUAUGCGCUGUUUCCGUCUAAUCAAGCUUUCACCGACUUUGGAAGACUUUAGCAGAAAGAUCUUUGGGCCAUUCAUCAAGUUGGGAACACUGAUCCUGUUCACAAUGAGUUCACUUAUCUUAGUCUCCGUGAUCAGUCUACAACUCUUCUGCUAUGUGGAAAAUCUCAAACAGUUUGAUACAUUCCCCAAUGCUUUCAUGUCCAUGUUCCAAAUCCUGACUCAAAAGGGUUGGGCUAUCGUCAUGUAUGAGUGUAUGCUGGCGGCAGACAACAACGCCUUGGCGCCUGUAAUAGCCGUCUACUUCAUUGCAUACCACCUCUUUGCCACUGUGAUUGUGCUCAGUUUGUUCGUUGCUGUCAUCUUGGACAACUUGGAGCUGGGAGAAGACUUUAAAGGAAUCAAGCAAAUGAAAGCGUCAGAACAGAAGACGGCAGAUAAGGUCCUACCGCGGAGGCUCAGGGUCUUCCAAAAGUUCCCUGAUAAGCCUCAGAUGAUCUUGCUUUCCAAGAUUCCAUCAGAAUUUACGUUACCAAAGAUACGAGAUAGCUUCAUAAGACAGUUUGUAGAGACUGGCACAGACAUGGAGCGCUUGCUGAAGAGAUCGGCCAACAGAGAGAGCAGUGGUACCCUCGCGCUGGCCUUACCCCCGGCCGCCUACGCCUGCCCGACCUCGCCGCUGUACCUGAUGAGCAGACGACUACCGGCGUUUACUACACAGAUACAAGGAAAACUACAGAAGAAGACUGGUGUUAAUUGUAUUGUCAGGGACUCUGCUCACCAGCGGGUGGUCAGCCUCGGUUUCAGCGCAGUCGGCGUACGCGGCCGAAUGCUGAGUGAAUACGGGAGCCGUGAUAGGCGCUUGCGGGCAUUGAGGGGAUCUAUACGGGGGCACAAGCCCAUGGAAUCUAUAAAAGACAACAGUGACAUCGCCAACAGGAAUGUAUCUUUCAACAUCAAGGUCAUCCAAGAGAGGAAACAGCAAGCUGUACAGAAGAGGAAUGCUAAAGAGGAGGAUCUAAGAGAGAACCAUCCAUACUUUGAUAUGCCUCUCUUUGCUGUUGGACGGGAGAGCAAGCUGAGGAAAUUCUGUAUGGGUAUCGUCUAUGCGAGAUACAAUGCAACCCAUACUGAUGAGUCUGGAAUGGUCAUCAAGAGGAGAUACCAGGAGAUCCAUGAUUUUGUUGCCAUGGUGACAUACAUGACGUGGUGUUCCAUCGUAGUUACCACGGCGACCUGUAUAUCUAUGAUGUACGAGAGUCCUGAUAACAGAGUUAUGGAUCACAAGGUUCUACUCAUUGCAGAAUACAUCUUUGUCAUUUUCAUGGGAUCAGAAAUGAUUUUGAAGAUUCUAGCUGAUGGUCUGUUCUUCACACCAAAAGCUCUGAUACGAGAUGUUGGAGGAUUCUUGGAUGUUUUCAUCUAUCUCAUCAGUCUUAUCUUCUUGUGUUGGAUGCCAAAGAAUGUCCAGCCUGCCUCUCUAGCUCACGUAUUUCUUGUACUGCGAUGCUGUCGCCCACUUCGCAUAUUCGCACUGGUGCCCCAUCUGAGGAAGCUGUUCUACGAGCUCCUGCGUAGCUUCAAAGAGAUCUUCCUGGUCUCUGUUCUGCUCCUUGCUCUUAUAUUUGUCUUUGCCAGCUACGGCGUACAGAUCUUUGCAACAAGGCUGGCUAAGUGCAAUGACCCUACCAUUAAAAAUGAGAGUGAAUGCGUUGGAGAAUUCCGGAUUCUUGUUAGCGUUGUAAAGACUCACAAACCAGAUUCGCCAGAAGAAGAAUUGCCUACUUUCUUGGUUCCAAGAGUGUGGGCCAACCCACGUAACUUCAACUUUGAUAACUUGGGCAGUGCUCUGCUAGCAUUGUUUGAAGUACUUUCUCUGGAAGGCUGGUUGGAAGUACGAGACAUCAUCAUUAAUCAGACAAAUAUGUGGCAUACCUUCUAUAUACACAUCUUCGUCUUCAUCGGCUGCAUGAUUGGACUCACUCUGUUUGUUGGUGUGGUCAUCUCAAACUACUUUGAAAACAAGGGAACCACUUUGCUGACUAUUGACCAGAGAAGAUGGCAGGAUCUAAAAGGCAGACUUCAGCUUGCCCAACCUCUCCAUCUCCCACCACGACCUGAUCAUUCUCGGUUUCGUGCCAAGCUGUAUGAUCUGUCGCAGCACAAGUACUUCAAGAGAUUCAUUGCAUUCCUGGUUCUAGUCAACUUCUUUCUCCUUUCAUCUAAGUGGGAGGAUACAAGGACAGCGAUGGUACUGGCCUACAUCUCGGUGGUCCUCACUCUGAUGUUUGUUCUUGAAGUCAUCUUGAAAUGCAUCUCCCUGAGUCCCAUCGGAUAUUGGCACAGCAGACGGAAUAGAUACGAUCUGGUGGUGACGUUGAUGGGCGUGGUAUGGCUCAUUUUGCACUUCACUAAUAUGAACAAUAUGAGCUUUGCAUUUGGAGCAGCAACAGUUCUCUUCCGAUUCUUUACUAUCACUGGGAAACAUCCAACUCUGAAGAUGCUGAUGAUGACCAUCGUGGUGUCCUGUGUGAAAUCUUUCUUCAUCAUUGUCGGCCUGUUCCUGUUGAUCACCUUCUAUGCAUUCCUGGGUGUUGUUCUGUUUGGCAAGGUCAAGUACGGAGAGCAUCUAGGCAGACACGCUAACUUUGAGAGCGCCCCCAACGCGAUGGCCACACUAUUCAGGAUUGUUACUGGUGAAGACUGGAAUAAGAUCAUGCAUGACUGUAUGAUCAGCGAGCCGUUCUGCAGCAAGAAAGGGGAGAAUUACUGGGAGACCGACUGCGGCAACAGCAAGGCUUCCAUGGUGUACUUUUGUUCUUUCUAUGUCCUCAUAGCUUACAUUGUUAUCAAUCUACUUGUCGGUAUCAUUAUGGAGAACUUUUCUCUGUUCUACUCAAACGAAGAAGAUGCAUUGCUGAGUUAUGCAGACAUCAAGAACUUUCAGAUCACAUGGAAUAUGGUCGAUAUACAUAGAAAGGGGGUGAUUCCAGUCAGCAGAGUCAAGUUUGUGCUUCGUCUGCUCCGAGGGCGUCUUGAAGUUGACAUGGAGAAGGACCACCUCCUGUACAAACACAUGUGCUGUGAGAUAGAGAAGAUGAGAAACGGGCAGGAUGUAACCUUUCACGAUGUCCUCAGUAUGCUGUCUUACCGGUCUGUGGACAUCAGGAAAUCACUGCAGCUAGAUGAACUCUUGGCUAGAGAGGAAUUGGAAUAUAACAUUGAAGAGGAAGUCGCCAAGGAGACGAUACGCAACUGGCUGGAUAAAUGCCUCAUCAGAAUGAGAGCUAAAGAGAAGAGUCACCAUUCGUCAUACAGCAAUCCAUUCUACGGAGGCGAGAAACCGGAGAGACUGGUAGUGCCCCCAGCUUUCAUCACCACUCCGAGUCCGCCCAAGGAAGACAGCAACAAGAACAAGGAAGAAACACCGGUCUUAGACAACAUCAUUCCGAUCCCUGAGACAAAUAAAGAUCCGACAAAGCCUGAGCACGGUGCUCCCAGCUCACCCGGUCACAAGCUUCUGGUGCCAACACUGUCUGAGGGUAACGUCAAACCUGAUGGCGAAGACAGCGCUAGCCUCAGACCUAGAAGAUCCAACAGGAGAUACCAAACAGGUUCAACAUCAAGUUCUACCAGUGUGACCCCAGUGAGCAGUACUAGCAGUGCUCCUGUGUACCCCAGAAACACCACUGCUCCAACUGCUACUAAAGAGGUCCAGGAUUGGUGGAAGGAACAACUUCACUAUGACAGUGGCUCAGAAGAAGACUGAUGAACUUAUACAACUUUAUUCCCUUUCCUGACUGCUUUAUCAAGUUGUAUUAAUUUAUCCCAGUGAGUAGUACAAGCAGUGCUCCUGUGUACCCCAGAAACACCACUGCUCCAACUGCUACUAAAGAAGUCCAGGAUUGGUGGAAGGAACAACUUCACUCUGACAAUGGUUCAGAAGAAGACUGAUAAACUUAUUUCCUUUCCUGACUGCUUUAUCAAGUUCUGCCAGUAUGACCCCAGUAAGUAGUAAAAGAAGUGCUCCAGUGUACCACAGAAGCACCACUGCUUCAACCUCUGCUAAAGAGAUCCAGGAUUCCAGGAUAAGUGGAAGGAACAACUACACUCUGUUAGUGGUUCAGAAGAAAUCUGAUGGUUUUGUAGAACUUUAUUCCUUUCCCGACUGCUUUAUCAAGUCGUACUAGUUUGAUCCCAGCGAGUAGUGCAAGCGGUGCUCCGGUGUACCCCAGAAACACCACUGCUCCAACUGCUACUAAAGAGGUCCAGGAUUGGUGGAAGGAACAACUUCACUAUGACAGUGGCUCAGAAGAAGACUGAUGAACUUAUACAACUUUAUUCCCUUUCCUGACUGCAUUAUCAAGUUGUAUUAAUUUAUCCCAGUGAGUAGUACAAGCAGUGCUCCUGUGUACCCCAGAAACACCACUGCUCCAGGUGCUAAUAAAGAAGUCCAGGGCCCGUCUUACAAAGAGUUACGAUUGAUCUGAUCAAUCGUAACUAUGGAAAGCCAGCAACGUCAGCAUCUUAUAAAUGCAUGUUUGUUCAAAAUAUUUUCUAGAUAUAAUGUAUAUUCAUAAAUUCAUUGUUUUCUUGACAAUUUGGAGUUCUCCCCUUUGUUUACAAAGGACAAUUUUGCAAAUUUCCUGUAGAAAAAAUUAUGACACUGAUGGAUUUCCAUAGAGUUAUGAUUGAUUGGAUUAAUCGUAACUCUUUGUAAGACGGGGCCCAGAAUUAACGCAAGGAAUGGCUUCAAAGCAAUAGAGCUUGGUAGCUCUUGCCGGAAUGCUCUCCUGGAAGUGAAGAAAGUGCAUGCAUUCAAAUGCAGAAGACUUUUAUCAUUUAGGGUUAUCAAACAAUUUUUCUAGCUUCUACCAACCUUCUCAAGAAUCUUCCAAUACUGUGGACUUUCUCCAGCCAAGUGAUCAAUCACACGUUCCCCUUGAUAGUAACUUCUGGCAAAGAGAGGGGAAAUAGUAUGUAAGGAUUCAGAGUCGGUGCUAAUUCAAUUCUAAAUAUGGAUUCUUGUUAUUCACUUUCACCUAUCUUCGGUCCAGUUAUUGCAAGACAGGAGGAAGCACAAGGAACACGUAGCUUGAGGAAGUCCACAGGAGUCGGUGAAAGCUUGCCUUCUAGAGAAACAGAUUAGUAGAAGCUUGAACGUUUGAUUAUAUGUUUACAUUGUGUGUUAAUGAUAUAUCUGUAAAGUGCCAAGAGACAUUUGUCCUGUUGUAUGAUGCACUAUAUGGAAAAAGGAGUAUUAUUAUCAUUAAUGAUUUUCCACUUAAAUAUUCUUUAAUCCUUUUUUCAAAGAAAAACCUAUUGGAGCAAAGCUAGAAAUAUUUUUGUUUAUGUGUUUCCAUUUUUCCAUGUUUUAUUACCGCAAGUAAUUUGUAAAUAUAUAGAAUUAAUAUAUGAAUUGUACUUAUUUAUGGCAAAUUGGUAUUUAUUGUAAAUUCAAAGUCGUAGACUUAUCCAUGAUAUUUAUUUGUUUACAUUAUUUAUUUGCUUGAACAUCUUGGGCCCAUUUCAUAAAGAGUUACAACUGUUGUAACUUUGCCAUUUUGGUAUCUAACAUGACAACAGGGCACAAGCCAAUCACAAUCAAGGUUACCAUGGCAGUUUCCAUAUUGGCAAAGUGACAACAGUUGUAAAUCUUUAUGAAACAGGCCCCUUGUCUCUCUAAAGAUGUAACAUGAAUAUUCUUCCAGCGAAAUCUCCUGAAACAAUUUUGACGAUAGAAGUUCCAAAGACCUAUUGAAUUUGAUGUUCAUAGCAAGUACCAGUCUCCCUAGCUUUAAUCUGAGUACUUGAUAAUCUUUUAAUAGUUGAAAUUGUUCUACAAUUAUGAAUUAGGUGUGAUUGCUUUAAUUUGAAGUCAAUGCAAGUAUAGAUUGCAAAUUUGAAUCCAUGUUCAAACAAUUGCUGCAAAUAUCAAUCAUAAGUGACAAUUAUUUUAUCAAUCACAAAUUGCAAUCUAUAAUUUAUUAAUUAAUUUCAUUCUUGUUUCAAAUAGUUUUCUACAUAUAAAUCAGAAGUAUGGAAAUACAAGUAUAUGAGAAACAAAAUAAAAUAAAUUAAAUUGUACAAAGGAAACGCAUGUCACAUAUUAGUACUUAGACUAAGUUUCUUAAAUGUAUGAUUAUUUGU